AUGUAUCAACGUCGAAUUUCUGAAAUCAUUGAUUCCGUACGUGGCCUUCUUUGUGAAUACAAUUUCUCAUCGCAACAACACCGCUAUUUUGUGCGUCUUGCUCAACACAAGACGCUUGUCGACUCAUACAUCAAACUCAAACCUCAUCUUGGACGAUCGGAGAUCAUGAGAGAAUACGAUAGAAUUUUCACUCAAUACCGUGAAAAGGCUAUUCGAACUUUCAGCAUUCUUCAUGUUUCAAUGCACAUGGGGCAAACAAUGCCGGAGGAUUUCAUGUGGGCUCUUGACAACGAUUUGUAUGAGAUGUGCAAAUGCUUCGACGCGGUUGUCGUGCAAAUGCGUGGCUCCCACGCCAACUUUCUUCUUUAA